UGCUGUCACGCAAUGGCGGCAAAAAAUCUACGCAAAAUUCAAAGUCUUGUAGUGAGUCGAAAUUAUUGUAAGAAAGAAGACACAUCCUCAAUUUGGAGUUAUUUCAAGAAUAAUAAAAAAGGAAAUCAAAAACCGGAUUUGGAACGGUGUAAAAAGAGACAAGUUCGUCGUGAAGACCCCGACUUGAGCGAAUUCGGUGGCCAACCCUACCGAACCUGUGGAAAAGCUUACGUCGUCCAAAAGGACGUUAUUCCACCCUGUGAUGCUGAUCACAAUGAAGAAGACAAAGUUUUGAUGAAGAUAGAAGCCGAUUUAAGCAAUAAAGAUAGCAUUUGUGACCCAAUGCCACCGUUUAAAAGUGUGGAACAAAGGAUGAUUGAUUUAACAGAACGGAAGCUUCAUCCUUUUUAUAGAAGAUUCAUGUCUUUGCCGAAGAAAAAUUUCGUUGGAGAGGAAUCUCCAUCAGUACGGUUUUCUCCGUAUAAAUGUAAAUCGGGUCCGGUGAAACCUGAAGAAAUACCGGAAAAUUUGCAGUUCAAUAAACAGUUGUUAGAGAGGAAAAAUAUCUUCGCCGAUUUCAAAAGAGUGGAAUUGCCGAAGCAGAUGGUUGUGAGGAUUGUCGAAAUGGAGCAAAAUAGAAAACCCACGCUGGAGAAGAAGAGCGAUAAAAAGUAAUUAACGCGUGGCAAUUUUGUUUUCUUAUAUCAGUGAUUAAAUUUUUAUUUCUCAAUAGAAACAUUAAUUACUCUUAGAAAAACAAAAUUC